AUGAAGAUGCUGCUAUCCUCUUCUCUUCUCGCCGCUGCGCUCGCCUCUGUCUGCUAUGCGACGGCACCAGUCGUCAUUUCAACGACUUCUGGACGAUACCAGGGCGUUUCCGAUGGCGGAGUGAUCUCCUUCAAGGGAAUUCGCUUCGGGAAACCUCCAACUGGAGACCUUCGUUGGACCGCUCCAGUUGCAGCCAAGUCAACGUCAAACCACAUCCAGGAUGCGUCCACGUUCCCGCCUUCCUGCGUGCAACAGUUCUCCUACGCUAGAGCCGCAAUGAAUAUCAGGCUCUUCAACAACCCAGAGAAUCCGCCGAAGGAAUCAGAGGACUGCUUAUUCCUUAAUAUCUGGGCGCCAUCACGGCGAGGAAAGAAGCUCCCUGUUGUCAUGUGGAUCUAUGGAGGGUCUCUAUCUUUUGGGACCGGGUCGAUUCCGGGAUACGACGGCACGUCGAUUGCUGCGAAUCAAGACAUUAUCGUCGUGUCUUUCAACUAUCGGACUAACGUUUUUGGCUUCCCGGGCUCGCCUGAUCUGCCUCUUACUGGCAACAAUCUAGGCUAUCUAGAUCAAGAACUCGCGAUGCAGUGGGUGCAAUCCAACAUUGCCGCCUUCGGAGGAGAUCCUCGUAAGGUUACUAUCAUGGGCGAAUCUGCUGGGGCCUUGUCGGUAAGCACGUCUAUUAUCCGACAUGCACCGGGCAAGGCUCCCUUCCGUGCUGGAAUUUCGCUUUCUGGAGCCCAAGCAUCGAUGUCUCCUACUCCAUCAUUCGAUUCGUUCAAUGCAUUUGCCUCUGCGGUUGGAUGCGGCACAACACCCGGAGCAGCACGCCUCGCCUGCCUGAAGAAAGUUCCAACCGCAACGGUUCGAAACUAUACAAACAGCGAAGCUGGAGCAGCAUUGUUCAGGCCAACAGUCGACAACGUUGUCACCUUCUCCGAUCCCCUGCAGCGUAUCCGCACUGGGAAGACCGCCAACGUUCCCGUUCUCCUUGGCCACAUGCAGGACGACGGGACACUCUUCACUAUCAACCAGACCAAUCUCGACACAUAUAUCGAGGCGAAUUACGGCACCACGAUCACAGCAGACCAAGUUCGCAAACUGUAUCCGGGGCUGACUGACGCUCAAAUCAUUCCGGCGACUUAUAGGGAUCGUGUAUUCCUUUGGCAAGUGUCUAGUUGGCGGCGACACGAAAGUACUGCUAACCUCACCAUCAGUUCUCCUCACCUCUGGGGUGCUGCGUUAGCGACCGCAGGUGUAUCGAACGUAUACCGGUAUUCCUAUGGCGCCGUUUUCCCAUAUGGCCAACCCUUCGAUAAUGCUGGGGCAUGGCACUCUUCCGAGGUCCGCGUAAUUUUUGGCACCUACAACCGCACAACGGCCACCCCAACCGAAGUGACGCUAUCGAAGACGAUGCAGACCGUCAUUGCCAACUUUGUCAAGGAUCCCUUCACUUCGCCCGCGCCACGGUGGGGCAAGUACGAUGCCGGUAAAAAGACGUCGAUCCUGGCCAAAUUGGCGUACGACGGCAAAGUACGGCUCUCCAAUGUAGUCGACGCUGUACGAGGCGAUUCCCUCGACGGCCCGUGUACUUUGUGGGAUCAGUUCUUGGAUGUGAGAAUUUAA